AUGGCGCCGUUGCCGGAAUUCAUCACAAACACUACCCUCCACCCAUCGUUCGACCACGACAUCCGGGACACGCACCUCAUCUACGACUACGAUGCUGAGAACCCCAAGACAAAGCAGCCCGAGAAGUGGAGGUACGAGUUGUGGUUCUUUUCGGACAGUCGAGUCGUGUACGCCAUCCACGGAGGUCCCAUGAAGGGCCGGAUCAACUACCAGACCUGCACGUACCAGUGCAUCCGACCCGGCGAGCUGUGGCAGUGCAACUGGCUGGAGGAGACGGGGACGAUCGUGUCACUGGUAUACGACAUCCCAAACCAGAAGAUCACCACUUUGAUCGCCUUCAGCCAGGGCCACUGGGAGAAAGCGGAGGCCGCACGGGGCGACAAGCGCAACUCUACGGAUUUUAGUCGUUGGAGGAAGUUGGCGGAGAUCGGCAAACAAUCGGAUCGUCUCAUGUUGUCAGAGCAGGCCACCAUCCUUGAGAACUUCAAGGGCGCCGGUGAGCUUGUGCCGAUUGCUCCUGACGCUGUGACUUUGUGA